GGGGGAAGUACUAUCUCAAAUUACAUAGAACCAGGUACAUUGUCAGGUGCGUAGUAGCCUCAAUCAGAUGGCAGUAAAAGUUUCAGAAUAAAGCAUCAGAGCUCACGUUGACUACAACACAGGCUGAAGAAUUGCCCGUAGGGGGACCUGUGGCGCAGUGAGACGGCGGUCACAGGGACCAACAUGCUAGAAUUCGUGAUGGGCGGUCUCGCGGUCAAUAUUCUGUUCCAGGUGGCGGCCAUGUAUACCUCCUGGUCCAGUCAGACUGACGAGACGGUGGCCUCCUUGCGUGAACGUAUCGCUGUUCUCGAGGCCACAGCACGGGGUCCUCCUGGACCAGAGGGACCCCCUGGACCACCCGGACUAGUGAGUGGAUCGAGAAACUACCACGAUGAGCUGGCACAGAGCAUCUGUACAGCGAUCACCAAUACACCAUCUUUCAUCUUCGCCAUCCGUCGUGACUGCAGAGCUAACGGGGACGGUCUGACGUGCGAUGCCAUGUGUUCGUCCCGCCUAGCAGACAUGCGACUGGCUGUUUACGGCCAGGGAAGUACUUCAGCGUGCAUUGAUGCUGUGCAUGUCUACAUGAAUCGCCCAGUCCUUGCACCCGACCACGAGACAGAUGCUGGAAAAGUUGGCCUUGCAACAUUUCGGUAUUUCAGUGGUGGCUGUUCCUGGACGGCUAACCACUGUGGACCCAACUACUGCUGCUGCCGUCUUCUCCCAUAGGCCGCAGCAAGGAUUUUUCAUGGAUGACAUCAGCGCGCGCUUUAAUUUU